AGCCUAAUAGUUAGUAUGCUGUAUUCAUCUUCAGUGUGUAUUGAGUUCAGUAUUUUGUAUGUUUCAGAUGAUAAAAAAGAUAUUGACCAUGAAACAGUUGUGGAAGAACAGAUCAUUGGAGAGAAUUCUCCUCCAGAUUACUCAGAGUACAUGACAGGAAAGAAGCUUCCUCCUGGUGGAAUACCUGGCAUUGACCUCUCGGACCCUAAGCAGCUGGCUGAAUUUGCUAGAAUGAAGCCAAGAAAAAUUAAGGAAGAUGAUGCUCCACGUACGAUAGCUUGUCCUCACAAAGGCUGCACAAAGAUGUUCAGGGACAACUCUGCUAUGAGGAAGCAUCUGCACACUCAUGGCCCUCGAGUACAUGUAUGUGCAGAAUGUGGCAAAGCCUUUGUGGAGAGCUCGAAACUAAAGCGACAUCAACUAGUUCAUACUGGAGAGAAACCUUUUCAGUGUACAUUUGAAGGAUGUGGAAAGCGUUUUUCACUGGACUUCAAUUUACGCACACAUGUGCGAAUUCAUACUGGCGACAGGCCCUAUGUUUGCCCAUUUGAUGGCUGCAAUAAGAAGUUUGCGCAAUCAACUAACCUGAAAUCUCACAUUUUAACACAUGCUAAGGCCAAAAACAACCAGUGAAAGUUGGAGGAAAAGUUCUUGAACUCAAACCAUCUUACAGGAGAAUGAAUUGAAAAUAAAUACGCUUCCCCUUUGUAUAUUGUUUCUAGGAAAGAAUUUUAAAAAAAAAAAAGAACCCUACAAACCUAAAGGACAUGUUUUGAUAAGUAGUAAAUAAAAAGCAAAAAACUUUCAGGUGACCUUGCUGAGAUGCUCUACCUUGCUCUGUAAUCCCGUUUCAAGAACACGGUGUUUUGUAAAGUGUGGCCCUGACCAGAAGGGCCGGUUCGUGAACUUGCAUCAAAAAAGACGAUUCUUUAUACAACAGUGCUAAAAUGGGACUACUUUUCACAUUCUUAUAAAUAUGGAGCUCACCUGUUGCUUACAAUUUUUUUAAUUUUGUAUUCCAAGUGUGCAUAUUGUACACUUUUUGGGGAUAUGCGUAGUAAUGCUAUGUGUGAUUUUCUGGAGGUUGAUAACUUGCUUGCGGUAGAUUUUCUUUAAAAGAAUGGGCAGUUACAUGCAUACUUCAAAAGUAUUUUCCUGUAAAGAAAAAAGUUAUAUAGGUUUUGUUUGCUAUCUUAAUUUUGGUUGUAUUCUUUGAUGUUAACACAUUUUGUAUAAUUGUAUCGUAUAGCUGUAAUGAAAUCAUGUAGUAUCAAAUAUUAGAUGUGAUUUAAUAGUGUUAAUCAAUUUAAACCCAUUUUAGUCACUUUUUUUGGAGAAAUACUGCCAGAUGCUGGUGUUCAGUGUAAUUUCUUUGCCUGUUCAGUUACGGAAAGUGGUGCUCAGUUGUAGAAUGUAUUGUACAGGCACUGACCUUUUAUUAACACCUGAUAAUAUGUACAUCCCAUGUAAUAGAAAGGGCAACAAUAAAACAGUCGUCCUAAAGAAAGAAUAUGGCAGAAAAUGAUCUGUAAGCACAGUCUAUUUUCUUUUGUCCAGAGCAAUCCUAGUUCCUCUUGAUCUUCCCGAUAUUGGAAGCUAAAUAAACUCAAGUUUCCUUA